GAGGCUUCCUCGGCAGGCAAUCUCCACACAACGAAUCGCAGCCGUCCAAUAUUUUCUUCGUGAAUUAAAACCACAGAUCUCAGCAGACCUAAUCCCUCUCUCUCCCUCGCGCUAGCUCCGCCUCUCCAUCUUCCUACUCCAUUCUCAUCUGAAGGGGACGAGUACUAAAGAUGUUUGGGAGAGCGCCGAAGAAAAGCGAUAACACAAAGUACUAUGAGAUCUUGGGAGUAUCGAAGAAUGCGUCGCAGGACGAUCUGAAGAAGGCUUAUCGUAAAUCCGCUAUUAAAAAUCAUCCUGAUAAAGGUGGAGAUCCAGAAAAGUUUAAAGAGAUUGCACAAGCAUAUGAAGUCUUGAGUGAUCCAGAGAAGCGAGAGAUCUAUGAUCAGUAUGGUGAGGAUGCUCUCAAGGAAGGAAUGGGUAGUGGAGGUGGUGCAGGUCACAACCCCUUUGACAUAUUUGAAUCCUUUUUUGGUGGUAAUCCUUUCGGAGGUGGUGGAAGUAGCAGAGGCCGGAGGCAAAGAAGGGGAGAGGAUGUUAUCCAUCCUCUCAAGGUUUCCCUGGAGGACCUGUACAACGGGACAUCUAAGAAGCUAUCUCUCUCUCGCAAUGUGCUCUGUCCCAAAUGCAAGGGGAAAGGGUCAAAAUCUGGAGCUUCAAUGAAAUGUUCUGGCUGUCAAGGAUCUGGGAUGAAAGUCUCUAUUAGACAUCUUGGCCCUUCCAUGAUCCAGCAGAUGCAGCAUCCUUGCAACGAGUGCAAGGGCACUGGUGAAACUAUUAGCGAUAGAGACCGUUGCCCCCAGUGCAAGGGCGAGAAAGUUGUGCAGGAAAAGAAGGUGUUGGAAGUGAUAGUGGAGAAAGGUAUGCAACAUGGACAGAAAAUCACAUUCCCAGGCGAGGCUGAUGAAGCGCCUGACACUGUCACAGGUGAUAUUGUCUUUGUACUACAACAAAAGGAGUAUCCAAAGUUUAAGAGAAAGGGAGAUGAUCUAUUUGUUGAGCAUACCUUGACCCUAACUGAAGCACUAUGUGGCUUCCAAUUUAUCCUGACUCAUUUGGACAACCGUCAACUCCUUAUUAAGUCUGAACCUGGGGAAGUUAUCAAGCCCGAUCAAUUCAAGGCCAUCAAUGAUGAAGGAAUGCCCAUGUACCAGAGAUCAUUCAUGAAAGGAAAAUUGUACAUACAAUUCACUGUUGAUUUCCCCGAGUCUUUGAGCCCUGAUCAAAGCAAAGCUCUAGAAGGUGUACUGCCUCCAAGGCCUACGACUCGAUUGACGGAUAUGGAAUUAGAUGAAUGCGAGGAGACCACUUUGCAUGACGUAAAUAUGGAAGAAGAGAUGCGUAGAAAGCAGCAACAUGCCCAAGAGGCAUAUGAAGAAGACGACGACAUGCAUGGUGGGCCUCAGAGGGUGCAGUGUGCCCAGCAGUGAUUAUGUUAACAAUGAUGGUAAUGGGAUGGGGUGUCUUGUAUGUGAGCCGCCCGCCUCAAAGGGUUCAGUGUGCCCAACAGUGCCGCUGUUGACGGUGAUGGUUAUGGGAUGGGUUGUCUUGUAUGUGAGCCGCCCAUGGGAGGCUCUCUCGUAUCUCAGUUGGUUAAGUUAGGUCAGACUGUUGGCAUUCUCUCCUAUAUCCUAUUAUAUUUUCUGUUUGAUUGCUAGUGCAUUGACAAUAUUCGUUACAUGCAAAUGGAAUUGCAACCAUGACUUCAUUAUAUCUUAUUAUUUAGAGAAUGCUUCAGAGUAUUAGAAGCUACAUUACCAUCA